AUGGCCAUGAAUGGAGGUACAGAGGAAGUCUGGAGCCUCUGGGAUGCUCCGUCACCAGAGGAAGAUGAGGAUGAAAUCAUGAUGGCCAAGAAUUUCCUUGCAGACCGUUCCAAGGCAAAGCAGAUUGCCGAAGAUACGGAAGCACUUGGCGGUUCUGUUGAAUUUACACAACAACAGAAAGACGUCGAUGCCACGUCUGCAAGUGGCUCUGAGAGUAGCACCCGAAGCCUCAUGUUCGCCCCUCGGAGGGGGAGUCCUCUUAUUGAAAGGUUUUGCGGUUACUACCCACUUCCUUCGGCUUCCGUUAUGAAUGUAGAGGAAGUUGUCCUUGGAGAGUCAAACGCCGCAGCCGAUAUUGGCAAGCGUCCGGCGGCGUGGGGCAUCUUGUUUUCGCAGAAUGAAAUGGAUCAUAAGCGGAUCAAACCGGAGCAAGAUACAGUGGUAGCGAAAAGGACGGGAAAUUUUGUAGUUGCUGGCAAGGAUCUGUUUUAUACUAGCGGUGACUGA